UACCUCGCUGUUGGUGGAUUAAUGUGUAAAAGCGUCGUGUUUUUGGCGUAAACAUGCAGCCUCUGUGCGCCACCGGUCGCCUCUUACAUGUUUUCUGCCGCUGUUCGCGCAGAAACAGGCAUCCAUUUUUAAAGAUGGCACACGUCCACCCGGCAGCAGGACUCUUUUGUGAGGCUCAGUCGAGGUCAGUGAUGCUUCACCAUCAGGACCAAGCUCUGAACUCGGCCUACGGCGGCUCCUCGUCGCUCCAAAGCAAAGAUGGCAACUUCAACUUCCUGCCGGGCAAAGACGACGAGGCCUACACGGGCAACGGGGACGAGAACCGAAACCAGAUGCGGCCCCGAAACCUGGGCCCGCUGGGCCGCGACCCCCCGAACACCUCGCCGUCCUCCGGUUACCACCACGGCCAGGGGGUCACUUCGCCGCGCUCCCGCAUGCCCUGCUGGAGCCAGCUGGAACCCCUCCCCGAAAUCGAGAGCGCGGAGGACGGGUACGGCCGGGUGCCUCCCGACGGGGCGGAGGAGAGGAAGAUGGAGGAGGAGGAGGGGAGGAUGAUGAUGGGCCAGAGCGACGAGAAGCACGGCGAGAAACGGGGGCCGCAGCCGAGGAAGGGCAGCUUCGGGUUCCGAAGAGGACAGGAAGAGGAGCAGGGUAUGCCGCUGGAGGACGACGACGAGUGGGGAGACAGCGACUCGGAGUCCGAGUACAGCCUCCGCUCCGGUGGCAGCAUGUCCUCGCUGAACAUGGAGUGCGGAGGCGAUGGGACGCUCAUGGGAGGCUGGGACCGCAUCGGCGUCGGGGAGCCGAAGUCCAACCACCAGGAGAGCGACCCGACCAGAAACGCCAACAGAGACCCGCCUCCGCGGCAAAGGAGCUUCAGCCGCAAGUCCAUGUCGGGAAGCCACCUGGGGAACCUCCUGGAGGAAGGGGCGGAGGGACAGGACGGCAACGACGACGACGACGACCAAUCCACGGACUCGGACGAGGAGGCGCCGGAGCUGAUGGACACCGUGUGGACGCUGCGGGACCGCGAGCGCUUCAAGGCCCAGGAGAUGGAGAAGCACCAGGUGCAGCUGACCAUGUACCGCCGCCUGGCUCUCAUCCGCUGGGUGCGCACCCUGCAGGGCCGCGUCCAGGAGCAGCAGAACCGCCUCCAGUCCACCUUCGACGUCAUCCUCACUCAGAGGAAGGAGCUGCUGCGGAUGGGCGCGGCCAACGCCAUGGCCGCCGCCGCCGUCAGCCAGUCGUAAAACAGAAAGGCAGGCGUUAGAAACUCUUUCACUCGGUUUGCUUCUAUCAUGGAGACGUGUCCCUUCGUCCUGUCUGACAUUUUUAAAGCUCCACACUCAUGUUGCCGAUUGUAUUAAUAAACGUCUUAGACUCGUCUGGAACUGGACCGAACCGAAAUCCCGAAUGACGUAGGAUGCAUUCUGGUCAAAGCGAUGACUUCGACACUUUACCAUGACGUUGAUGUUUUUAUCUCUGUGUGUGUGUAUGCUGUUGCUGCUUGUCUUUACCUCUCAAUAGAAAACACAUGAAACCUUCGGAAAAUAUCACAGAUUUUAUCGUCCCAGAGUCUAUUUAUACCCCGAGAUGCUGUACAUAAUUAUGAUAAAUUAAAAGAUUGAAGAAACAAUA